UGUGCAGCCAAUGGGCUCCGGGCCAGGUGGUGGGAACCUUCAGUGUCCGACUCCUCCCAUUUCGGGUUGGUGUUAGGCCUGGCCAUUAGGGUUUGGGCGGUCCUCCGUCCCUGCUGAAGCGAGGCGGGACUGUUUUUGCUGAGGUGAGGUCUAGUAUAUGGUGAAGUACUUCUCGGCCAGAGGGCACCUGGGGCCGUGGGGUCUCGGUGGCGUGCAGUGAGAGAGGAGUCCGACCCGCGGGGGAACCCAGCCUCGCCAACGGAGCGGGAGGCGUGGAAACCGCAGUCGAGCCGGUGUAACCGAGGCACGGUCGUGGUUGGCCCUCCCGACGGCUCUUUCGGCCCAGCACCCGGGAACGCGGCGGAGCUCUCGGCCGCGUGGAUCCCAGCCCUUGUCACCUCCCUUCUUUCACCCACGUGCAGUCCCGGGCUGGAGAAGGGACUGCGGGCGCUCUGAGUUCUCAGCCCGCAUUCCAGUCUCUUGUCACCCGGUGCACAUCUUCAUGUGAGGUGAUUCCUAAGCAGCUGGGGAACCUGAGGCUGUAAAAGGGGCUGCAGGGAGUGGACUGCAGUCCAAAAUCCAGAAGCAGAAUUUGAUGGUUUAACCACUGACCCAUUUCACAGAAUGUUUCAUGCAUUCAUGGACCGAAAGAUGGAGUUGGUUUUUAUUUUUAAAAUAAUAUUGUCAAUGAUCUGAUACGACUAUAUGUAUUCACUUGAUGAAGAUGCAUGGACUUGUCAUUAAGUUGGACUAGUGAUCAUUUCUGAAAGUUUCUUCAACCACAAUUUCUACUCGAAAAUUCAAGUAUCAAAGAAUAUUUGGUUUAGAGUGGUAUAAUGAUGUAUUUUCUCUGAGUACUGCAAACUUCAUAGAGACCACAGUUGGAUUCCAGUUAUAUUCUACAAUCAAAGUGAUUCAGUUCUUUGAUAAAGUUAAUUUUGAAGAAUUUUAUGUUUGUAAACAACGCCAAAAAUGGGAGAAAAAAAUGGUGAUGCAAAAACUUUCUGGAUGGAGCUAGAAGAUGAUGGGAAAGUGGAUUUCAUAUUUGAACAAGUGCAAAAUGUGCUGCAGUCACUGAAACAAAAGAUCAAAGAUGGAUCUGCCACAAAUAAAGAAUACAUCCAAGCAAUGAUUCUAGUGAAGGAAGCAACUAUAAAUAGUAAGUCAACUUUGAUAAAGGAUCACACAUCUGUGACCCAGAAUGCACAGGAAAACAAAUCAAGUUCAUUGCCCUCUACAUCACAUGAAGACUCCUUUCCAGAAGACUAUACCUCUCUAUCUACAGAAAAUAAGGAAAUUCCCCCUCUGGAAAAUAAAGUUGCAGACUUUAGAGAAAAAGAAUUGUCUCCAAAUUUAUCUUACCAAAAGCAUGACUGCUCUAGUGCCUGUCUGAUGAAAAUGCCACUUACCUUCAAGGGAGAAAACCCUCUGCAGCUACCAAUCAAAUGCCACUUCCAAAGACUACAUGCAAAGACAAACUCUCAUUCUUCAGCACUCCACGUGAGUUAUAAAACCCCUUGUGGAAGGAGUCUACGAAACAUGGAGGAAGUUUUUCGUUACCUGCUUGAGACAGAGUGUAACUUUCUAUUUACAGAUAACUUUUCUUUCAAUACCUAUGUUCAGUUGACUCGGAAUUACCCAAGGCAAGAAGAAAUUGUUUCUGAUACGGAUAUUAGCAAUGGAGUGGAAUCAGUGCCCAUUUCUUUCUGUAAUGAAAUUGACAAUAGAAAGCUUCCACAUUUUAAGUACAGAAAGACUAUGUGGCCACGAGCAUAUUACUUAAACAGCUUUUCCAACAUGUUUACUGAUUCUUGUGACUGUUCUGAGGGCUGCAUAGACAUAACAAAAUGUGCAUGUCUUCAACUGACAGCAAGGAAUGCCAAGACUUGCCCCUUGUUAAGUAGUAAAAUAACCACUGGAUAUAAAUAUAAAAGACUACAGAGACAGAUACCUACUGGCAUUUAUGAAUGCAGCCUGUUGUGCAAAUGUAAUCGACGAAUGUGUCAAAACCGAGUUGUCCAACAUGGACCUCAAGCGAGGCUACAAGUAUUCAAAACUGAGAAGAAGGGAUGGGGAGUACGCUGCCUAGAUGACAUCGACAGAGGGACGUUUGUUUGCAUUUAUUCAGGAAGAUUACUAAGCAGAUCUAACACUGAGAAUCCUGAUGCUAUUGAUGAAAAUGGAAAAGAAGAGAAUAUUAUGAAAAAUAUGUUUUCAAAAAAGAGGAAAAUAGAAGUUGCAGAUUGUGAGGUUGAAGUUAUCCCAUUAGAAUUGGAAAUAUAUCCUAGAAGUGCUGUGACUGAGGAGUGUCCACCUAAGCUCCAUAAUAAUCCCAAAGAGCCUAUUAUAGAAAUGAAAUGUAACAAUAUUUCAAGAAUUCAGUAUCAUUCAGUCAUUAGAAGUCCUAAAACCAAGACGGCCAGUAUUCAACACAAUGGGAAAAAGAUGGGAUUUACUUCCUCAGAGUCUGUCACCUCAGAAGAUAAUGGUGGAUUUAAACCAACUCAAGUACAUCUGAACUCUAAAGCCAAGGAAAUGAGAGAGGACUCAAGCUCAAACCAAGCUGAAGAUUCUGAAGACAACCCUGUGAUUGAAUCAGAUGUGAUAGAUAUAACUAAAUGUAGAGAAGAAACUCCACCAGGGGGCAGAUGUCACCAAACAGUCACACUGGAUGAUCAGAAUGAGAUUCAAAUGCAAAAGCCCCAAGAGGAAAAAUCUCCAGCAUGUCAAAACCAGCAGGUCUUUUGUGAUAAAGAGUUACCAGGUGAAACCAAGAAUGCUUCAUCUGAUUCUCUAAAGAAGUUCAAUAAAGGGAGUGUGUUUUUAUUGGAUGCCACAAAAGAAGGAAAUGUGGGCCGCUUCCUUAAUCAUAGUUGUUGCCCAAAUCUUUUGGUACAGAAUGUUUUUGUAGAAACACAUGACAGAAAUUUUCCAUUGGUGGCGUUCUUCACCAACAGGUAUGUGAAAGCAAGAACAGAACUAACAUGGGAUUAUGGUUAUGAAGCUGGGACUAUGCCUGAAAAAGAAAUAUUCUGCCAAUGUGGGGUUAAUAAGUGUAGGAAAAAAAUAUUAUAAAUCUGUAGCUAGUGCCUGUUCAUGAAAUUAGCUUAUCGAGCUGAAAUUAGAGUCAUGCAAAAGAAACCCCAGUGGUCAGUGGAAUUAAUUUAGGUUAUGAUCCAUCAAGAGAAUUCCUCUUAGUUUACCCUUGUUGGGGGGUCCAUUUGCAUUACUUAGAAACACUAGGAACAAAAUAAGGACAUUUUCAUAUGCAUAGGGUAUCUCUUUAUUCUUACUGCUGUUCAACUGUACAUGAGUAGGAUGCAAGUGUAUAUUUUAUAUGAAAUACUGCUAUAUAAUUUGUAACUUAUUUGUAAAUUAUAUAUUAAGAAAGACAAAUGCCACAAUUGAUUUCAGCACUUCUUAUUGCUUUUGGAAUUAUCUUUGACUUUCAUGGCCCCAAAGGGCCAAAGCUCACAUCUUUACCUACAAAAUUUAUUUAUGUUUAAUUCCUGGCAAAUAAUUUACCAUUGUGAACCAUAAGGUGGGCAACAGAGCCUGAAGAAUCUGUCGAAAUUCACUUCAUGCAUAUUACUUCCAAGUAUUUUAGUGCUAGUUGGAGAAGCUGUAUCUGGCUCCGUGAAAGUGUCCCAUCAGUCCGUUUGAAUGAGAAGGGGUAGAAGCUCUCCUGUGGGGAAGGUUUUGGCACACUCUUUGCGAUUCAAUUUCUUUUCCACAGAUCCUCUUCACUCCUUCCACAUAAACACGGACAGGAAAGGAGGGAGUAGAAACUUGGAGGAAUUAGAAUAUUUUUGUUCUAGAUAGAGCCUUAUGAAAAGGAAACUUAGAAAAUAGUCAGACAUGGCUUAUUUAAGCCAGAAGAGAUUGUGCUGGGCAAGAAUUUCACUUAACAAAACAAUUCUACUGAACUGCAAAGUCUGAAACAGACCCUUGGACUCUCCUAGGCAUGAUGUGCAAAUUAUUUUCCUAGAGAAAGUUACUUUGCUCUAGGUUACCUAACCAUGAUUGUCUAGUGGAAAGAGGAUGAGAAUCUCCAAGAGUUAAAACUAAUUUUAUCUAUAACAAAGAUAUAGAUUUGGCUGCCAGGAACUUCCCACUAGGAACCAGGAUGGGAAUACUAGCUCAAAAAGGAGUAAUUAAAAGUAGUUCUGGUUUUUUAGGGGUUUUUUUUCUUUUUUUUUUUUUUUUUUAUUUUUAUUCUGGGUUUUGUUUUGUUACCUUUUAAACAAAAAUCACUUCUAAGUUUGGACCCGAUUAAUUUCUUUAAAAUAUUGAACUAAAUAAAAAUUUAACUUGAAAUUGGUUUAGAGAGUGGGAAACCAAAGAGCUAGGAAAGGGAGCAAAAAAUUAUAACCCAAACAGCCUGUAGACAGAUGAGGAAAGUUGAGAAGUCCAUUUAUUCACAGUAAAGAUGCAGGAAUUUUAGGCAAUGCACUAAAAUGAAGUGAAGACACUUGGUAAGUAUGGAAAAUGUUUUUGUGCAGAAAUCAACAUCUUGAUCUGCUUCAUUCUGUACUGGUUCACAGCUGUCAUCUUCCGUCAGCGUCCUAGAGAUUCCCUUUGUCUUCCUUAUGUCAGGUCUGUUUCCAGUUAAAUCCCAUUAUUUCCCCUUUCCUGGAUUUACUCCCACAUAUUGGUGAAGCACAUCCUCCAGUAGCUUUUGAAAGGGAAAAAUGAGGUGAAUAUUUUGAGCCCUUGUAUGUUUGAACAUGUUAUUUUACCCUUACACUUGAUUGCUAUUUUGGCAGGGUAUGGGUACUCAGUUCGUGAGUAGCUUCCAUACCCAAUUUUGAACACAUCUGCUACAUUCCAGUGUUGCUGCUUUGAAGUCUGAAAAUGUUCUCACCUCUGGCCUUCAGGGUGACUGUUGGAAGUCAGAUAAAGCCGUUCUUUAUCUUUUGUAUACGUGGCCAAUUUUUUCAAGCUUAUAGCAUUCUCUUUGUCCCAAUGUUCUGUUCCCAGUAAGAGUUAGUUUUCAUACCUCAUACCAGGUGCUUGGUGGGAGGGAUCUUUCAAUCUGAAAACUUUGUUCUUCAGAGAAAUUUUCUUGAACUAUAUUUCUUUAAUGAAAUAGUUCUGUUGUCUGUUAUCGGUUGUCUCUUCCUAUUUAUCUAGACAUUAGACCUCCAGGAUUGGUUCUCUCAUUUUCUUAUCUUUUCUCUUAAUUUCCAGCUUUGUCUUCUUGCUCUACUUUCUGGGAGAUUUCCUCAACUUAAUCUUACAAUUUGUCUAUUGUGUUGGGUUUUCGUUUGGGGGGUUUUUGCGGGGUGGGGAUUGGGUUUUGUUGUGUUCUGGUUAGGUUUUUUCUUUUGGUCUCAUUUUAAAUUUCUAGAGCUCUCUUCUCUGAAUGUUUUUUUUUUCUUCAAUAUCCUAUUUUUGGUUCAUGGUUGCAGUAUCUUAUCUCUUUGAAAAUACUAUUUAUAUAGUGUAACAUACAUACAGGCAUUCGUAUCUAUAUUUUCUUUUUCCUGAAUAUUCUGUGAUCUGCAAGGUUUGUUUCUGUGUUUUCCCUGUAUGUGUCCUUUGGUCUUUGUCUUUCAUGUUUUAGGCUUUCCUCAGUUAGUUAGAUCUUGGCAGUCUGCUCAUUCUUUUUUUUUUUUUUUUUUUUAA